CAGAAAUCAGCAAACGUAUUUGGCUUUGAAUAAUCCGUCCUUUUAAUCUUAAUUAGUGGCUGCUACCACCACGCGCCCUUUCUUCUACGACGCGGUGGUCAAGCGAAUUCAACCAGUGGCGUCGGUUUGGAUGGGCGAUGAGAAAUCGACGAUUGUGAUGGCCACUAGAGACAGAGAAAGAGAUCGGGAGCUUCUCAUUCCCGUCGCCGACUCCGUUCACGAUGACGCCGCCUCUCAACCCUCCUCGUCUUCCUCGUCGUCGCAUCACACAGGGCGCGAGGCUUUUUACAUGGUUAUUAGGAGCUGGGCUUCAAAAAAGUUUGUGUCUGGAUGUGUCAUCCUGUUGCCAAUAGCUAUAACGUUCUAUAUAACGUGGUGGUUUAUUCACUUUGUGGAUGGCUUUUUCUCUCCAAUCUAUGCUCAACUUGGAAUUGAUAUUUUUGGUCUGGGAUUUGUAACUUCUAUAUCGUUCAUCUUUUUGGUUGGGGUGUUCAUGUCAUCAUGGUUGGGUGCAUCUGUCUUGAGCCUAGGGGAGUGGUUUAUCAAAAGGAUGCCUCUUGUUCGGCACAUAUACAAUGCCUCCAAGCAAAUCAGUGCUGCCAUAUCACCAGAUCAGAACACUCAGGCUUUCAAGGAAGUAGCCAUCAUAAGGCAUCCUCGUAUUGGUGAAUAUGCAUUUGGGUUCAUCACUUCAUCCGUUGUUCUCCAGAAUUAUUCUGGAGAUGAGGAGCUAUGCUGUGUGUAUGUUCCCACAAAUCAUCUUUAUAUCGGUGAUAUAUUUUUGGUUAAUACUAAGGAUGUUAUUAGACCAAACCUUUCUGUCCGGGAAGGCAUAGAAAUUGUUGUCUCUGUGGGUAUGUCAAUGCCACAGAUUCUGUCAACGGUGGAUUCACGCGGCCUAGGAGAUAUAAGUAGACUUGACAGAAGCUGAGCUUAAAAGAAGCUUGUUGUAGGGUCAUCUAUUCUAUUGCUUUCUUUGGAUUCAGAGUGAGUCGUCAGAGAAUGGCCACACAAUUAGUUAGGAUGGCAAUGUGAGAAUCCAAAUGGAAUAUAUGUUUACAAUACGGGAAGCGUGGAUUCAGAUGGUAUUUGUAACAUUGUUUGUGUCAUGUAGAAUGUAAAUUUAGUGCUUGCUUGGAAAUAUAGCUGGGUUGAUAACGCAGGUAGAUAGGACUUUUGGUAUUUUCAUACUCUCUCUUUUCUUCCACUGUUUAGAAUGGUUUCUAUUGCUUUUUACUCAGUUUUUUGCAAGAAAAUUCUUGAUUGAUUCC